AUGCUGUUUCAGACUAAAGUGAAUGUUAAUGCAAUUGCUAUGCUUGUCUCACUCACACGCCAACAACACUCACUCCCCAUGCACUUCCCCACCCCCAAUAGCACAAUCACCAUUACCUCAUUGUUCAAUCACCUCAAGUCUCCACCCAAUGUUCAUGAAACAAGAAGAUUGCACGCUCUUCUUCUUGUUCUGGGUUUCUUUCAACCCAUUUCUCCUCAUACAUCAUCCAUUGCUUCACAGCUUGUGAAUGUCUAUGUCAACUUUGGUUGCCUCCAACACGCGUUUCUUGCUUUCCGUGCGUUGCCUCACAAGCCUAAUAUUGCUUGGAAUGCCAUACUCCGAGGUCUGGUUGGUGUUGGUCAUUUCACUCACGCCAUUCACUUCUAUCACUCCAUGCUCCAACAUGGGGUGACACCUGAUAAUUACACGUACCCUCUUGUGCUUAAAGCUUGUUCUUGCUUGCAUGCACUUGAAUUGGGAAGAUCGGUUUAUGGGACCAUCUUAUACAAUGAGUUGCACCGUAAAGUAAAGGCUAAUCUUCAUGUUCAGUGUGCUGUGAUUGAUAUGUUUGCAAAGUGUGGCAGCUUAGAUGAAGCACGUAGUUUGUUUGAAGAAAUGCCAGCAAGAGACUUAGCUUCAUGGAGUGCCAUGAUAUGUGGGACAAUUUGGAAUGGUGAGUGGGUUGGAGCGCUUUUACUGUUCAGAAAGAUGAGAUCAGAAGGUAUGAAGCCUGAUUCGGUGAUUGUAGCGUCUGUGUUACCGGUAUGUGGUAGAUUGGAGGCUGUGAAAUUGGGGAUGACGUUGCAAGGUUGUGCAGUGAGAAGCGGCUUUGAAAAUGAUUUGUAUGUCUCCAACGCUGUGAUAGACAUGUACUGUAAAUGUGGUGAUCCACUUGAGGCCCAUCGUGGGUUUAGUCAUAUGGGUUAUAGGGAUGUAGUUUCUUGGAGUACCUUGAUUACUGGUUACUCACAGAAUCGCCUAUACCAAGAAAGUUAUAAACUGUAUAUUGAAAUGGUAAAUGUGGGUUUAGCAACAAAUGCGAUUGUUGCCACAAGUGCUCUUCCUGCUUUGGGAAAACUCAAGUUGUUGAAACAAGGGAAGGAGAUGCACAACUUUGUUCUUAAAGAAGGACUUGUAUCUGAUGUUGUUGUAGGAAGUGCAUUGAUUGAUAUGUACGCUAAUUGUGGGUCUAUACAGGAAGCCGAGUCAAUAUUUGAAGGCGUGUCAGAUAGAGAUAUCAUGGUAUGGAAUUCAAUGAUAGUAGGGUAUAAUUUAGUUGGUGACUAUGAGUCAGCAUUUCUUACCUUUAGAAGAAUUUGGGGAGCUGAACAUAGGCCAAAUUCCAUUACUUUAGUAAGUGUCCUUCCUAUAUGCACCCAAUUGGGAGCUCUUAGACAGGGAAAGGAAAUCCAUGGUUAUGCGACCAGGAGUGGUCUAGGAUUAAAUGUUUCUGUGGGAAACUCUCUAAUUGACAUGUACAGCAAAUGCGGAUUUCUAGAACUUGGAAUGAAGGUCUUUAACCAGAUGAUGGUGAGGAACGUCAUAACAUACAACAGUAUAAUCUCUGCCUGUGAAGUUCAUGGCCUAGGUGAAAAGGGUUCGGCAUUUUAUGAACAAAUGCAGGAGGAAGGAAUUAGACCAAACAAAGUCACUUUUAUUUCACUGUUAUCUGCAUGUAGUCAUGCAGGUCUCCUUGACAGAGGUUGGUUGGUGUAUAAUUCUAUGAUUAAUGAUCAUGGAAUUGAGCCAGACAGUGAGCACUACUCGUGCAUGGUCGAUCUCCUUGGUAGAGCAGGAGAUCUUGAUGGUGCAUACAAGUUUAUCACAAGCAUGCCUCUGCCACCAGAUGCCAAUGUCUUGGGGAGCUUAAUAGGUGCUUGUCGACUUAACAACAAAGUGGAACUGGCCGAGAUUCUUGCAGAUCGUUUUUUCCAAUUGAAUUCUGAUGAUCCAGGCCACUAUGUUCUUAUAUCAAAUUUAUAUGCAUCUGGGAAGCGAUGGGAUGAUAUGUCAAAGGUGAGAAGCAUGAUGAAAGAUAAAGGGAUGGAGAAAAAACCAGGAAGUAGCUGGAUUCAGGCCGUGGAUGUGGCAAGCCAAUAG